AUGUGGUACCUACGAAAUAAACACUUAAACGUUGUCGAACCUGUGCCAUGGACGACGCCGAGUUCGGAUCCGUUCUCCUCCCCCUCAGCGCCGGCGCCGGCGACGACGUGCGACGCGGGGUGCGGGCGCCCGGCGAGCGUGUGCGUGUGCGCGCACCUCCCCACGUCGCCGAUCCCCACCGCCGCCACCGUCGUCGUCCUCCACCACCCCCACGAGCUCCGCCGCAACCGCCUUGCGACGCUCCCCCUCCUCUCCCGCUCCCUCCUCCGCCUCGUGCCCGUCCCCGGGCGCCGCCUCCGCCCCGGCUCCUCCCCGCUCCUCGACUCCCGCCCCUCCCCGACCCUCUUCCUCUUCCCCGGCCCCCGCGCCAUCGACCUCGCGCGGUGGGCCGCGGCCACGCCGCCGAGGGACCGCGCGUCGCCGGUGCUCGUGGUGUUCGACGGGACGUGGGCGCAGGCGCGGGAGAUGGCCGCGGCGAGCCUCCCGUUCCUGGAGGGGUUCGCGACGUGGGUCACGCUCGGGGGCGGGUUCGACGAGGGGACGGGGGAGGAGGGGGCGAGCGCGUGGGACUCGGAGCUCGUGCUGAAGAAGGAGCCGCACAAGGGGUGCGUGAGCACCGCGGAGGCGGUGGCGAGGGCGCUCAGGGUGCUGGAGCCCGAGGGGCAGGGGGCCGAGUUGGAGGCGGCGCUGCUCAAGGCGCUGAGGGCCAUGGCGGGGUUCCAAGCGUCCUACAUGAAGCCCAUGAAGCCGAGGCCGAGGUUGACGAAGAAGACGAAGGAGAAGGAGAAGGAGAUGUCGAAGAGGGACGAGGAAGAGCCCGGAGAUUGAUACUGCGUUCUAGGUGUUCGAUGAAAUUUCUGAGAGAAUAUAAUUCAUUCAAUUUGAUUCUAAAUACUCCGUAAUAUUCAAAUCUCAAAGCACCUUUUUUUU